AUGGUCGAGCAAGAGCGCAGGAUGGCGAGGGCGCUGGUAAUACGGACGGGUUGUUUAUCUUGCAGAGCCCGCGGCGUCCCCUGCGACUCCAACAACCCCGACUGCAAGACCUACCAAUCCGCCAACUGGGCCUCCAACCUACCUCCCAAACUCAAAGGCCGUCCAAGCAAAUACAUCCGCGGACCCUUGUCCAUCAAAUCUAUCAGCGUCGGCUGGGAAGGCACGCAGCGUGAGCAGCAAUGUCUCUACUUCUUCUCCACCAUCUCAGCGCCCGAAUUGGCGGGCUACCUGGACUUUGCGUUCUGGUCUGAGGUCCUUCUCCAAGCGACUCACGACGAUCCGGCGAUCAAGCAUGCCGUCGCGGCGAUUGGGGCUUCGCAUGAGUAUAAGCUGCGAAGGCAGGCGGCGAAGUUCAACCUUGAGACUGAUGGGUUGCAUGCUUUUGCCUUGAGACAGAUCAACAAGGCCAUCAAGGCUUUGGUACAGCCCUCGCAGGGCACUUCUCGAGGCUUGCUGCGAGCUCUCACGGCGUCGAUCCUGUUUGCAUGCUUCGAAAGUCUGAACGACAGUCGAGCAGCGGCAGUACCGCACGUCGUCCACGCCACAAGAAUCUUAAAGCAGUUCAAGCAAACUGCAGAGGAAGACGGACAGAAGAACCACACCUCAGCCUACCCUAUCCCCAUGGCCCUCAUCGAACCCCUCGUAGUCCAAUACGAAAGCCAACUCGGCGUCUACUACGGCGACACCAAGCGCGGCAAAGAAGAAUACCUCGACAUCACGCAACCCUUCACAAUCUCCUCAGUCCCCUCAGCCCGUAUCCUCCUCCUCCAAGGCAUCUCCGUCACCCAAGACGCCUUCACGCAAUACGGCGACGACCGCACCUCGCUCAAAACCGCCAAAGCCGACCUCGCAGCCUGGUUCCGCAAAUGGGGCGCCGCCUUCGACAGCUUCCUCUCCCGCACCCAGAUCGACUCCACCAUGAUCCGCUCCUGCAAACUCAUGAAAUGCCACCAGCUCGCCGCCCUCGUCGUCGCCAGCGUCGACCCCACCCGUGGCGAGGACGCCUGGGUGCCUUUUACGGACGAUAUGAAGAAGGUCUUCGCUAUGAUCUCCGACUUGCACUCCAGGGACCCAAGACGGACAAUUUUGUCGUCCCAACCACCGCAUACCCCUUACUUUUCCUCGACUAUGGGAAUGACAGAACCCCUGUAUAUCAUCGCUUCCCGGUGUAAAGAUGAGGAGACAGCGAGGAAGGCCACGGCGUUGCUGGGACGGUUGCCGCCGAGUGAGGGGGCGAAUUCGAGUUGGAGGAUUUCGUUUUUGGAGAAUUUGCUGUGCACGAUUUCGGGGACGGGGAGGAAUCGGUCGAUUGUUGGGGGAUGA